ACAAAUAGUGAUUUACAUGCGCACCAAAACCAACUAGGAAGAGAAACAUUCACAAACCAUGGCAGUUCCAGGAAUGGCCAGUCGUCCCAUGUCAAAACUUGAGCUGAGAAUUUCAUGUCGGAAAUUGAUGAAUAAAGAUAUAACAUCAAAGUCAGAUCCUUGUGCAGUGCUGUUUGUUAAUCAGGGUGGACAGUGGAUUGAGCAUGGGAGAACAGAGAAUGUGAAGAACAGUCUAGACCCUGACUUUACAAAGGCAUUUGCAAUAGACUACCUGUUUGAAGAGGUUCAGAAGGUCAAGGUUGCAGUAUAUGACCUUGACAAUUCUACACCAAAACUUGGAGAUGAUGACUUCUUGGGGCAAAUUGAAUGUACCCUUGGACAGAUUGUUGCUGGUAGACCGUUUCAUAAACCUCUCCUGUCAAAGAGUGGGAAGCCUGCAGGAGAAGGCUCUAUAAUUAUUCGUUCCGAGGAGGUAAAGGAAGGUGGAGAGAUUGCAAUGUGUACAUUCAGAGCUAAAAAACUGGAAAACAAGGACUUUCUUGGGAAGUCAGAUCCAUAUUUACAGAUAUCAAAAGGGAAUCCAGAUGGCAGUUGGCAAGUAGUGCAUAGGACCGAGGUGGUGAAAAACAACCUGAACCCUCAAUGGAGACAGUUCUCACUACCUGUAAAUACACUGUGCGGUGGAGAUAAGUCAAAACUAAUCAUGUUUGAAGUAUUUGAUUGGGACAGUGAUGGAUCACAUGACCUGAUUGGAGGGUUUACAGUUUCUCUCCAAGACUUACAAUCUUCUGUAGGAAAAGAGUUUCCUGUUAUAAAUGAACACAAAAAGGCAAAGAAGAAGAAAUAUGUGAACUCUGGAUAUGUUAUACUGGAUGCUAUCACUGUAAAGAGAGUCCCCUCAUUUUUAGAGUUCAUUUAUGGUGGAAUGCAGAUCAAUUUUACAGUAGGAGUAGAUUUUACAGGCUCUAAUGGAGAACCUACUGAUCCACAGUCCCUGCACUACAUCAACCCAUACCAACCUAAUGAAUACAUGCAGGCAAUACAGGCUGUAGGAGCUGUUUGUCAGGACUAUGAUACUGAUAAGAUGUUUCCAGCCCUUGGUUUUGGAGCAAAGCUACCAUCUGGAGAAGUGUCACAUGAAUUUGCCAUAAAUUUUAACCCCCAGAACCCUUUCUGUGCAGGCAUUCAAGGUAUAAUACAGGCAUAUCAGAAUUGUAUUCAACAAGUACAGUUGUGGGGACCAACCAAUGCAGCCCCUAUUAUCCAUCAUGUAGCCAGGUUUGCUGCCGGGGCCCAGCAGGAGGAAGCAACUAAAGGGGCUCAUGCUUACUUUGUCCUGUUGCUACUAACAGAUGGUGUUAUAACAGAUAUGGAUGAGACAAGAAGUGCAAUAGUUCAUGCAUCAGCUCUGCCAAUGUCCAUCAUUAUUGUUGGUGUGGGACGGGCAGACUUUUCAGACAUGAGGCUGCUGGAUGGGGAUGAUGGUGUUCUGAGAGCACCAAAUGGUCAACCCGUGCACAGGGAUAUUGUGCAGUUUGUACCUUUUAGAGAUUUUCAGAAAGGGGGCUACACUGCUGCAUCAGCAGCAGAGUUAGCUAAGCAUGUGUUAGCCGAGGUACCGCAGCAGGUGACACACUACUACAACUGGAGAAAAAUGCAACCUAACCAACCCAGACAGCAACCUACAUAGAGCUGACUGAAUGCCCAGAGCUUAACCUAUAUGAAGUUCCUUAAGUUGGAGAAAUUACCCCUAAAACGAGCUCUUCUAGUUAGAGAGCUUAUGAAUGUGUUAGAUAUUAAACAUCUGAACAUCUUAUAUUAAUCGAUUCUUAACAACUUUGACAAUUACGAACUUACUCUGUAACUUAUAGUGGACUAUUCUGGAGAAGGCUUCCAUAUAUAACUUGUACAAUGUUCUGACAUUAAAGUUUUGACUAAUUAUUUGUUAAAAGUGUUGCAGAUGUUGUUUUAACAUUCAGUAAAUACUAAUUGUUUUCUUAUUUAGGAACAAAGCAUUAUUCAAUUUGGAAUUAUGGGAUCUGAAAAUAGCAUUUAUUUUACUUCUUUUUAAAAAAAGUCAUUCAUAAGUCCUGUCUGUGCAGCUUUAGAGAUUCACUUAAAAUGAGCUCAACCAUUUAGAUAGCUUGAAACUGUUAGAUACCUUGAAGGGACACAUUGUUUACCAAUAUAAUGCUACUCAGUAUAAUAUUUGAUACAAAAUGUCCAAUAUUUGGUGUUGAUCUGUAAUUUAUAUACAGUCAUACUUAUGUGUUUGAAUUUGACUGGCUGUCAAGAGAUGUGUGGAUUGAGCUAACCGUAGUCAAUGAUUUUUAAGAUGCAAUAAAAUCAAGAAGACCGGAGAUUUAUCGGAAAUUAUGCUCAGUACAUACAGAAACGCAACAGUUUUACCUUCAAUUUUUUCAUACUUUCCUUUAUAAUUUCCUUCUAUAUAUAUAUUUCAAUUAUAUCAAGGGUCUAAAUUCAGGUUUAAACAAGCACACAGUCAAUAUUGUGUAAAACCACCAAUUGCAUUUACCAAUGCAAGGGAUUGUCAGUUAAAAAAAUAUAGACUGUAGACCAAGUGUUGUGUUUCUAGAUGUACUCAGUAUAUUUGUAGGCAAUGCCUGACUUCAUAAUGCAGCUUUUACCAGUUUUGAAACAAGAUGUUUGUCGUACUGACGUCUAAAGGUGGCAUUCUGCAAGAUCUAUUCAUUGAUUUUUUGGGUAUCUAAAGAACAGAUCUGUAUACCUCUCCUUUAAGCUGAAAAAUAAUGUACCAGUGUGGACACUUCAAAAUUUUGAAUUCAGGUUUUUCAGUUUUUAGCUAGACUAUUCGAAGAAUAAGUAGAGCUAUCCUACUCACGUCGGCGUUGGCGUCACACCCUGGUUAAGUUUUUCGUACCAGUCCACAUUUUGACAAAGUCUUUUGAGAUAAAGCUUUGAAACUUUCAACACUUGUUUACCAUCACCAUGUCCAGUUAUAGGCAAGAGUACAUAACUCUGUCAAGCAUUUUGACUGAAUUAUGGCCCCUUUUGACGUAGAAAUCUUGGUUAAGUUUUUCGUACCAGUUCAUAUUUUGACAAAGUCUUUUGAGAUAAAGCUUUGAAACUUUCAACACUUAUUUACCAUCACCAUGUCCAGUUGUAGGCAAGAGUACAUAACUCCAUCAAGCAUUUUGGUUGAAUUAUGGCCCCUUUUUGACUUAGAAAUCUUGGUUAAGUUUUUCGUACCAGUCCACAUUUUGACAAAGUCUUUUGAGAUAAAGCUUUGAAACUUUCAACACUUGUUUACCAUCACAAUAUCCAGUUGUAGGCAAGAGUACAUAACUCCAUCAAGCAUUUUGACUGAAUUAUGGCCCCUUUUGACUUAGAAAUCUUGGUUAAGUUUUUCGUACCAGUUUAUAUUUUGUGUAAAGUGUUUGACAUAUGGCUUUGAAACUUUUAUAUCUUGUUCAGUAUAAUAGUCUCUAUCAAUAGGCAAGAGUACGUAACUCUCUCAUCUUUUUUGGCUGAAUUAUGGCCCUUUUUGAACUUGGAAAUUGGUUCUGUUUUGUAUAUGUCCAUGUUUUGUCAAGACUAUUUGACAUAUGGCUUUUAAACAUUAAACACUUUGUUCCAUCUCUAGGCAAUAGUACAUAACUCUGACAACUAUUAUGACUGAAUUAUGGCCCUUUUUGGACUUUGAAAUUUGUUCAGUUUUUCUUACAAGUCAGCAUUUUGUCAAAACUAUUUGAACUGUGGCUUUGAAACUUUUAACACUAGUUUAUCAACAUGAUUUCCAUCUGUAGGCAAGAGUACACAACUCUGUCAACUAUUUUGACUGAAUUAUGGCCCUUUUUGGACUUUGAAAAUAGUUAAAUUUUUCAUAUAAGUCCAUGUUUUGCCUAACAUAUAACUUAACAUAUUUGCCAUCAUGGUCACACAUUGCCAUUUAGUGCAAGACUAAUCGAAAUCCACAAAUGCAGGAACAUUUUUUGUUUAAUCCAUUUUUUAGUUUAGUCUGAAAAUCUAUGGAAAUAUUUUGACCCCAUUCUUCAAUCAAUUCUUCGAAUAGUCGAGCGCGCUGUCAUCCGACAGCUCUUGUUCAUAACCUCUUCUAGUAAAGUCAAAGCAUAUUAAAUGUAUUAUUUAUCAAGCCUU